AUGCCGGCCCCCGAUGAGUCGCCUUCUGAGAGAAAGCACACCAGCAGUUCUUACAGAGAUGAGCUUGCGCACUACAAGUCUCAAUAUGAGCAGCUAGAGGCCGAGCUUUCGGACUUUCAGGUCUCCAGCCGGGAGCUGGAGGCCGAGCUGGAGAAGGACAUCGAAGCUUCAGAGAAGCGAGAGCGCCAGCUGAAAGAGAAAGUGGACACUUUGCGAUACGAGGUUGAUGAGUGGAAGACCAAGUACAAGCAGUCUAAAUCCGAAGCGAACGCUGCCCAAAACACUCUGCAAAAGGAGAUCACUUCCUUGCGCGAGACAAGUCGCUCUCUCCACUCGGAACACCACCUCGUCCUGGAGGACCUGGAGUCGAAGUAUAAUAUGGCCAUUGAGCGCGGCGUGCUUCUGGAAGAAGAAAUGAGAACUGGAGACCUGGAGCGCGAGAGUCUUCGAAUUGAUAACCAACGUUUACGUGAUGAGCUCUCCGAUCUCAAGGUCGAGGCCGAGAUCGUUCAGGAAAGACUGCGAAAUGCGGAAGGGCAUGGAUAUCGCCGUCGCAAGCCGACUCCUCUUUACCGAAGCCCCUCCACACCGCAAACCUUUGAGAUUUUCGAUCGGUCGCCCAAUACAGCAACUUCUUCUCCAGUCUUUGCCACGCCACCUGCCAAAUCCUCAUUGGCGUCAGCUACUGCCACUCCUCCAUCGCCUCCAAUCUCGGAGGCCUCGACCAACUUCCGGAAGUCUAUCAAUGCUACGCCUACGUUCCCCGAACAAGAGUGGCAGGACCAGACCCAGUCAACUCUCGAACUCUUCACAAUGCUAGAACACAGCCCCGACCCACACAUUCUCGAGCCUCGUCUCUUGCGUACAGCAAUAGUGCCCGGUCCAAUACUACUCCCUCGAUCAGCUCUCGCAGCAGCAUGGCGAGAAUGA